CUAGUCCUAUCAGAGCUUAGACCACCCGUCUUUCAGCCCUACACACGAGCCUCAACUUGCAUCACCAAAUGCCGAUCACAACUUCCAAAAUUCUACUGCUUUACCACCAACCUUUCCCAAUUUCGCCCUUAGCUCGCCGCUAGGGAACAACACACCCAUAUCCUGUCGCCAUGGGCACAGUCCCCUCCGUAAUACGACAGAUCCUCAACCAUAUCCUCCCGUUCACAAAUCCCGCCACACCCCUCAUCCAGGACCUAAUACACACGCUCCUCCUCUGCGGAACACUCUACUAUGCCCCCGCACUAGCCGAGAGAUACCACAGCCAGCAACUCGAUGACCGAAUACCUCCAGCCGAGCCAGACCUCGACAAUACCGCCGAUCACGCCCUCACAGAUGAUCCCCCUUCACCCAACGCCAACAUCCCUCUCGACGAGCGCCUCAUCCUACAACCCGACAGCGACUCCGAAACUGACAGGGACAGAAAUAUAAACUUCAUGCCCCCAGCUCCAACCCCACCUCCUGGCCCGGGUCUCGCCCAACCACCCAUACCAUUCGCCGACCUCGACCCAGCAGAAGGCCCAGCGGAAGGCCCAGCGGACCGGCCUCGCGCCACGCCACAAAAUCGCAUCAUUGGUGCCAAAAAGGCAAAAUCACUCGCACGCAAAGACCAGCGUCGCGCAUACCACGAAUUCCACCGACAGCAAGCCGAAAUACGGCGGCAAGCCGAAGCUGCCGAGAAGGAAGAGCGCGAAGCGGAGCUAUAUGCUGAGAAAGCGCGACGAGCCGAGGUGGAACGCGAAAUAGCUGAGCGCGAGCGUCUCGGGCGUGAGAAACGGAAAGAGGAUGAAAAGCGCGAGGCCGACGCCGAACUACGCCGACGUGAACGCGCUCUUGAUACGGUGAGGGGGGAAGUGGAGCGGUAUGGUGUUGUGAAUCUGAGUGAAGUGGCAAGGGCUGAGGGGAAGAGUAGCAUGUGGAUUGACAAGCUUGUUCGCGCGUCAGGGAUAGUAGGGAGCCUGCAAAGGCCCGAGAGAGGCGAGCAUACGAUUCACACGGGCGGUAUGUGGAUUGUAAGAAUUGAUAAGGAGAUUAUGCGCGAGGUGUAUGCUAAUGCCGCUGUGCAUGGCGAGAAGCAUCGUGGGAAGAUUAGUUUUGCUGACUUUGGUAGCAUAAUUGAGGAAGCUGUUGAGGCGAGAGCUAGAGCCAAUAGCUGAGAGAAUUGGCCGAGUAUCUGCAGAACCUGUGGGACUGGAACUGCUACAAUGUAGUGUGAAUCCUCAAAUUAGUUUCUGCAUAUUGGCGCCCCCCGAAGGAGGGAAUACC